AUGGCUGCAUUAUUGUUAUUACUGGUCUUGAUUAUUAAAGUAACCGUGCCAAAUGUUCACGGAUGGGGUUUCGAAGGGCAUGCACUUGUUGUUCAGCUAGCCGAGAGUCAAUUGACUAAGGAAGCAUCCGAAUGGAUCAAACCUCUUCUUCCUUGGUUCGUGUUUGGUAAUUUGACCCGCGUAGCCUCGUGGGCCGAUGACAUUAUUCAUGAUAAUUCCAAUCAUUUUGACUAUAUAAAUUGGCAAUGGUCUCGACCAUUACACUACAUUGAUAUGCCUGACUGGACUUGUAGUUACAACCCACAAAGAGAUUGCAACAAUGAUGUUUGUAUUGAUGGUGCACUGAGAAAUUAUUCCAAACGGGUUAUCGCUGCUGAUCUAGAUCAUGCACAACAUCAAGAGGCACUUAUGUUUCUUGUUCAUUUUGCCGGUGAUGUCCAUCAACCGUUGCAUGUUAGUUUCGCAGGAGACUUGGGUGGAAAUAAAGUGAAAGGUAAUGACGAAAUGUGA